AUGUGGCGUCCCGGGGUUCUGGGAUUUCGUGAAGCAUCCGAAAGACAUAAGCCGGGACCGGAUGUUGUUGUCGAUGGAGACGUGAAGGGGGCUAAACGUGGUUUGGGAAGGCUGUUCGGGUAUUUGAGAGGAGAGAUGCUCGAGAAGUCCACCAAAUCUGGUCCAGGUUUGGAAAUCGGACCCGUUUUCGCCGGUGGGUCGGGGGGCGGAGCUGAGGUGGUGGUAGAUGAAGGCGGAGGACGAGGAGAAGAAGAAGGCGAAGAGCUCCACGCACUUGCAGACCGCGUCACGCUGCUGGCAGGCGAAUUUGCCGUUGCUGCUAUUGUCGCGCUGAUCGUCGCACUGAGCGGUUCAGCCUCACACGCAUCGUCCGUCCGCCUGUCCCACCUCGUCACCGCUCGACGCUUCCGCCCCGUCCGGCAGUAA